CGCUGAUGUCUCUAACGCCCAAUUGACACAGGACAAACAAAAGCGUCAACGUGAAGAAAAAACAGAACACGGACACAAAUUACAAAAUACUUUUUGUACAUGUAAAGAAGACCAGAUCUGAUAUGGAGACACAGAUGAGGCAGCGUGUGUUUACUGGGGUGGUCACACAGAUGCAGGAGCAUCAUGGCAUUGUUGAUAAGGAGGUUCAUUUUCCAGUGAGUGUUGUGGUGGGUCGUGUGCCACUGGUGGGCGAGAAAGUGUUGGUGAAAGCUGUUCAGGACCCCAUGAAGCCCGUGGGUUGGACCGCACAGAGAGUUCAGGCUCUGAAUGGACAGCCCUUUAAAUCUCCUCCUCCGCUGUUGCCCUCCAUGUCUUCAAAUCUGAAGCCUGGGAUUUUAGGGACUAAACCACAACCACUGCUGAAGUCCCCAAAGAUACCACCACUAAUUCCCAGCAUGCAGCCAAAUCCAGGUGGUAUGAUCCAGAUGGCCCAUCACCAGCAGAUGCCGUGGAGCGGUCCAUUUGACGGUUGGGGUGGAGGUCGGAAGAGACACGCUGAGGUCAUGGGAGGUCGUAGAGGUGGACGCUGGGAGGAUGGAGGAGUAGGUAUGUGGGGAGGAGAUGCCAUGCACCAGAAGAGGAAAAGAUGGAAGGCCGUGUCAGAUGAGGACGUGUCUAAAAAGACGUCCUCUAUUACCACACAAAACACCCCUUUAUUCUCCUGUUUCUCCAGGGACAUCCAGGCCUGUGACUGUCUGGAGCUUCAGCGGCGGUACCCUCACCUUCAGGUGCCCUUAAACCUGAUCCACAUUCAGCUGUCCUGGACAGAGAGUUUCCCGCUCACACAGCCUCUGUCUCUGAGAGGACCUUGUCUGUUUCACGUGGGCUCACAGCAACCUGAGACCGAAACUGCUGUCUGUGAGUCUACAGAUUCUACAUUCGCCGUUAAGGUUCUGUUACUCUCUAUGUCAUGCGUUGAACACUUUUAUUCACAGUGUUGUAACAUUUCAAAGGACGGUCAGACACUGAAGGAGGCUGUACAUCCUACCACACUACUCAAAUUCAUGUUGGUGGACGGUGGAGGUGAGUUGCAGCUCCCAGGAGGUUCUUGGUCACUCAAACUGGACGGAUCAAACCCACUGAAGGACAGCUCGACUCUAAUCAACACUGCAGUGCGCUGCAUAAAGAAUCAAACCGCUCUGGAUCUGUCAGCCUGCACACAAUGGCACAAGAUGGCAGAGUUCAGAUAUCUGUCUGGAGAGAAAAUGGAGACGGUCGUGGUCUUGAUGCCAGAUGUUUGGAAUCUAGUGCCGACUGAGGAAGAGUGGACGAAGUCACGACAAGAACAACCGGAUGAUGAAUCACUCCCAGAGUCCUUGUCUUUGGUUUUUCACCCUUACGCUGGACUGAAUCUGUCUGUGGUGUCUCUGUCAUCGUUACUGGAGCCCCAAUCGCCCCAGACGAGGGACAGCUAUGAGGUAUGUCUGAUGGCGGAGAUGUUCAGUGAGAUGCUGCAGAGAGAUUUCGGGUUUCAGCUGUAUCAGUGUCUGCGCCGUCUACCGCAGGGACCCGGUGACCCUUUGACCUCUGACACAGAGGACAACAGCACAGCACCGGACGAUGAGCCUAAAAAAUCCGACAAGAAGCAGCAGUCAAAAAAGAAAGUAUCGACUGAUGUUAAGAAGAGAAAACCGAAAGAGAAGGACGAGGAGAGAGACACAGAUGAGAUCUCAACUGAAAAACAGCCUGAGAAGGACAGUAAAUCUCAAAGCGCUGGAGGAGACGGUCAGACCAGCAGCGCGUCAGACAAUCAGCUGAUCAAGAACAAUGAGCGUCCUCCGGGCUGGACUGCAGAACUUCCUCGUAAAGUGCUCCUGUCGUGGGUGUUCUUUGAUCGGCAGCUCACAGGAAGUCUCAGAGAGUCAGAUCUGCUCAACAUCCUGUUGUCUCUCGGCCUGUAUCUCAGUCCUGCUCAGGCGCAGCAUCUAGUGAAAAAGACGAUGGUCGGUGGUCUUUGUCCCUACAGAAAUCUCUGCAGUCGCUGGACAGACACCGAUCAGACCGACAGCAGCGUCACUGAUGAGGGAAAUAAAGCGCUGUUUCCCGGUCCGUCCUGCAAAGAGAGAAACUCCGCCCGACACUCUAGUGCCAGUAGUAACACAGAUCUAGUUAACUACAAAGGGAAUGUCAUUAACAUACCAAACCUACUGGGGUCUCUGGACAGCUGCAAAGCCAGUCAGCGUGAUCUAGAGAAGUGUAUCGCCACACUACAAUCAAGACUUGAGGCAGCAGAAGCAAAACAGGCCUCUGAACAACAGGAACAGAUCCAACACAAAGAGCUGAAGAAGAAACUAGAGAAAGCCGAGACAUUUAACAAAAUCUAUGAGAAGUGUUUGAGAGAGAACGCCAGUCAAAUGACCUCCGUCAUUGAGACAAUGCAGAAAAUGGUCGAACAGACAACAGUCCUCGCAAAUACAAAGGAAGUAAAGGAUGAGAAGGUGUAGAACGCCGGAAACUGGAGUUGCAUGCCGAUGCAAUAGUGUUUGGACCAAUGAGAAGUCCUGGACGUUAGCGUGUCUCUACUUACUUGUUUAUAUGCUUAAAAAAAAAAAAAUCAGGUUCUCAUUUAAAGAGGAAGUGUGUUUUCUUGCACAUAGAGAUAGAAAGAAUUAGAUCCUUCAGUUUCAUUAUGACGUUCAUGAAAAAUUGGUUUUAUUUGAAAAACAAAAUGCUUUGAUCGUUUAUUUUAAAUUGUAUAUGCAUUGAUCCCAGCUGUACGAUUUGAUCCCUGAUUAGUUGGUUUGUUUGGGAGGUGAUCUUUAUUUAUUUAGUUGUUUUUCAUUUCAAUAAAUUGUAUGUUUCUAGUUUUGUUUGGGAAAAUGGCAGCUAUCAAAGUAUGAUCCAUCCAUAAACCUGACAAUCUCUGUAAUCCCAUACAGUGGUUAAAUGACACCUGUUCUGUAUCCAAGUGAAAUUUGACUCUGAAUUUAAAACAAACUGUAAGUUAGAAAGACAUGUCUACUUCAUGCUGGUUUGGUUUUGACAAGAAAGGCCAUCCUGCUUAUUGAUUUGUUCUUCUAAAAGUUUAAACACUUAACAAAAUGUGUUAGGAUGAAACAGUUGAUGUCUGCUCCAAUUACAUUUGAUUAUAGAUUUGUUAUUGUGUAAUAAAGCAUAAACAUACUGUUAGAAACCAUCAAAAUACAUACAUACAUACUUUUCAGUGUUUGUAUGAGUAUAGUCUGGUAUUUAGUCUAGACUAAACAGUAGAGUUCAGUCAUUCAGAAAAUACUGCCUAAAUUUAAUACCCCUUGCAGUUAAAAUAGUUUCCUGCUGACUCCAUCCAACAACCCCAAUUUGAUGAUCUAGGCUACUGUGAAUUGAGGAUUUAACCAAAGGUUAAAACUAAAACAAUUCAAACAAAAGUAUAAUGGUUUGCAAACAAAGAUGUCAACUUAUUUGGAUAUAAUUGGCAAAACUGUAAACGUUGUUGUUAUAUUUUCCUCAGGGACCAUUUAGGUACUAUUGUUGAACAAUUGCAUAAAAUGUUUAACCGUCUUCCAGGAUCAAACAGAUUAUUUAUUGAAAUGUCCUAACAUGCUAAUGAGUAAGUUGAUCAAAUAGACUUAAAACAAAUCUUUUUUUUUCUCCCUUUUUGAUUCACUACAUUUUGUUGACAAUGUAUACAUGUCCAAUAAAUCUCAA